UUGUUUACAAAAGCACUCCCCCACAGUCUGUUGUCGUUGGAAGGUCUCCCGUGUGGCGUGCAUUGCGAAGCCACCGAACUCCCGAACCGUUUCACCGCUGGAUCAAUCGCCAAGAGUCUAGUGUAUUGAUCCAACAAGUGUCAUUGCAUUGCAUGUGUACGAAUCGGCAACAUGGCGACGUACACUUGCAGAGUACAGUAUAUGAAUGAUACGGAUCCAUUUGCGACUACUAUCUUUGCGGAACCUACUCGAGCCCCACAUUUUCAUUUUAAUGAAUAUCUAACUCUUGAGGAUCAAUUACCGACACUUUACAGGGUCCUUCAACCUCCACAUAAGUUAGAGGAUUGUGGUCUUCAACUCUCUCAUAAUGGAACAUACUUGGAUCUUGAACAGUCCAUUGACGACCAGAGGGAUGACUUUGAGGGCUUCGAGCGCAAGAAAAGCAAUUCUGUUAUCUUGCGAACUCAGCUCACGGUCCGUGUUCGAGGCAUUCAAGAAAAGCUCCUGAACUCCUCAGGAAGAGAGCUUCGUCGAGCGCUCUUCUCCCUCAAGCAGCUCUUCCAGGAUGACAAAGAUCUCGUCCAUGAGUUUGUUAGCUGUGAUGGCCUGGACUGCCUCAUCAAGCUCGGCUCAGAGGCUGACCAGAACUACCAAAAUUACAUCCUCAGAGCUAUUGGUCAGAUCAUGCUGUAUUUGGAUGGGAUGAAUGGCGUCAUUGAACACAAUGAGACGAUACAAUGGCUUUACUCAUUGAUAGAUAUACAGCAUCGUCUUGUGACCAAGUCAUCUCUCAAGCUCCUCCUGGUGUUUGUGGAGUACACAGAAACCAACUCCCAGCUUCUACUACAGGCCACAAAGGAGGUCGAUGGCAAGAAUCAUAACAAGACAUGGCAUAAUGUAAUGGAGAUCAUGAAAGAUGACGGGCAGGAUGCGGAAAUCAUGACCUAUGUCAUGACCCUCUUCAACAAGACUCUGAAUGCGAUCCCAGACCAGGACUCUUUCUAUGACAUCACUGAUUCCUUAGAGGUCCAGGGUAUGGAGAAGGUCACACAGAGGCUGACAGGUCGGUCCGGAACAGAUCUAGACCUCAUGGAACAGAUACGCAUCUAUGAGUUUGCUCUCAAGCAUGAAGAUGGUGAAGAGGACAUCCCAAUGCAGCAGAAGCAGAGCUUACGCAAGGCACGGCGGAGUAUGGACCCGUCUGCCACCGACCGUAAGAGCAUGAGGUCACUCCGAACCACGCCUGAAUGGGGUAAUGAUGUCAACAAGAGGGUGUCUCUGGAUCCUAAGCUGGGCAGUACGCUGGAGGAGCAGCUAUCAUCAAGCAGCGGGAACGAGGACGGGCUCACUGCGCAGAGACGGAGAAGGGAAAGGAGGAGAGGGGUUGGCAGUUCAGUACGAGACAAUGAUGAAGGGACCACACCCAACUCAUCACAGAACGGUAACGGAAACGAUGAUACGAUGAUGACGUUAGAAGAACGGAGGCAAAGAUUACGAGAGAGAAGAGACAAUGCUAAUAACUCAGACAGCACUGCUAGUACUCCUAGUGGUGAUCAGACUGCAGCACCCAAAAAGCGACACAAGUUAUCCAUCCGAGCCAUUGUAAAAGAAGAGAGUACGGCCGAUAUCCUCAGCGCUUCCUCCCCUCAAACCCCCCAAUCAGAUCCUCUUAGAAAUGACAAGAGUCAAUCAUCAGAUUCUUCGGCCAGCAAGUCGUCAUCUCGCAAUCGUCUCAGACCGGUGGUGAAGGUAGAGGGAGGCAAAGAGAACGGAGAGGAGGAGAAGAACUAUGGUACCUGGCCCUCUCCAGCUAGGAGAAGGAAACAGUACGAGAGGAAGGCACAACAUUCACCACAGAAGAAGAGAGAGGAGAAGGAGGAGGAUGGGGAUGACGUCAUGGCGUUACUUCGAGGAGGGUUGUCAUCAGGGAUGAAAAAUGAAGAGACAAACUCCAGAAGAUCUGUUGAGAAUGAGGAUGAACAGAAUCAGGCAGUUGUGGUAACAAGGACUCCUAAGGCAACUAAAUCUGAAGAGACAAAGGAACCUGAUGUUCCGAAGAAGGCAUCCGAUAGACAAAAAGAAACGGAGGAUGUUGCAAAGAAGAGCGCUGAGGAGAAAACGGCUGGGAAGAGGAAGGAGGACACAGAUAGCGUGACUAUCAAGAGACCAACAAAUGAAGAGAUGGUUGAUGCUGCAAAGGAUGUGAAGGUGAAGAGUGGAGAGAUAAAGGAUGAGACCAAAGCGGAGAAGGGUAAUGGUUCUAAAGAAGGGUCAUCUAAGAAGCCUGUUGAGAGACGGAGAAGUUUCAAGGCCAUGGUGAGCAUUACAACGGAGGAAGAAAAGAUCGUGGAGGAAACCAACAACAUCAAACCAGAUCAAACAAGUGAGAAGUCUUCCAUAGAACCACAGAAGGAAGAGAAGCAGACAGACAUUGUAAAAGACCAAAAAGAAGACGAGUCAAAGCUUAAUGGCGAGAUUGAAAAGAAGAAUAAGUUGAAUGAGGAGGAGAAUAAAACGAAAGAGCAUGAGAAUGAUAAGAUUCAGAAUGGAAGCCUCAAGGGUAGAGGGAAGGGAAGACCGCAGAGAACUGCAAAGAAUAAAAUCUUUGCAAAUGAGGGAGAUGACCUGAUGACUCUGUUAACAGGAGGCAUGUCAUUACCAAGGAACUUCAAGACCAAAGAUCACAAGCACACAUGUAACGGAGAACACAAGAAAAAUGGAACGAUUGAACAAAAGAAUGGAAAGAUUGAACAAAAGAAUGGAAAGGGAGUAGAUAAGAAGCAGGGGAAAGAUGAACCUGAUUUCGGCACCUGGCCCAGAAAGAAGAAAAAGAACGUUGAAGAGAAGAAGAUUGAUAAAGAGGAAGACAUCAUGGCUUUCUUAAAAGGUGGUCUGGAUGCAACGAACAAUGAAGAAGAGGAAGAAGUCGAGGAGGAAGAAGAGGAAGAAGAAGAAGAAGAAGUAAAGGGACACAUCUGUGAAUUCUGUGGGCAGAACCUUGAUGAGAUGGAUGAUGAAGAGGAAGAAGAAGGUGAGAACGUGGAAGAGGAGGAAGAGGAGGAGGAAAAAGAAGAAGAGGAAGAGGAAGAAGACAAGAACAAGGACGAGUACUCUACAAAAUGUGAGGAGACCCUUGAAGAAGUUGACAAGGAACCGGAGCUGUUCCGUCGUCACACCCAGAAGGACACCAACAUGGAUGAUCUACUGAUGAUCCUCAAGAGUGGUAGUCAGAGCGGACCACCACCAGAAGAUGAGGAUGAUGAGGAUGAUGAUGAUGAGGAGGAUGAUGAGGGAGAUGAGAUGUCCACUUCUGAAGAGGAAGUCACAGUCAAGGAGAAAGUCACAGUCAAGGAGAAACCCACGAGUUUGUGGGGAAUGUCCAGUGAGAAUAUUAAUUCUAAUUCAUCUUCUACUCUCUAUGGUGAUACUAGUGCUGAUAAAUGGGCUCGUCUGGCUAACCCUGAACCCAUCUUGCGGAGGACAAAUUGGGGUCUGCUGCCCUCGUCAUGGAUCCCAUACUGCCCAGCGGAGCUCGCCAGCUCCCCUUAUGCCACCCUCCCCAGGCAGAAGCACCCUGUGACCACCAGGAGCUCUUCUGUUACCUCCAAGCCCCCUACAGGGGUAACCUCUACGCCCCCAUCUACCUCUUACUCCUCCUCCACCGCCCCUCGCUCCAGCUCUUCAACUAGAGAUCGGGGUACGGAGAGGAGUUAUGGGACAGAGAGUUCUUCGUCCAGAGACAGGGGUUCUGAGAAGAGUUAUACCGAUAGGAGGACAGAGAGGGUGACAGAGAGGGCGACAGAUAGGGACAAAUACAGAUCCAGUUCACCCAGCGACUCCUCCUACUCCCGAUCGAAUCGUGAAUACCGUCGUUCAUCAUCGUCUUACGAAACGCCUUCAAGAAAGAGCAGCAUAUCAUCUAGACCUGGAGACUCUACAUCAGUGGUUAGUGUACCACGAUCCCCCACCUCUCCUUCCUCCCCCUCCUCCUCAUCCUAUAGUCGAAACGUCACUCCCCAAUCGUACCGUCGGUCAACCUCCAUCGAGUCGGUCAAGUCACCGACAUCGACAAAGAAGGAGCCCGGGAAUGAUAUAAUGGCACUCCUCUCACAAGGCGACGACAGCUCAAAAGAUAGAAGCUCAACCAUAAGCAGCACAGCCUCAUCAUCCUCCAAACAGUCGAGUACAAUAAUUAAGCCUUCAUGGCAAUUUGAUGAAGGUUACGAUACGCUUCAUUCAACAUCCUCUAACAAGUCAAAAACAGAGGAUGAACCGCUGGAUAAAUAUAACAGUGAUGCUUACGCUCUAAAGAGGAAAGAACGACGAGAACAGUUGAGAAAAUAUCUCGAAGAGGACACCCCCCUCAUACCAUCAAGAUUAGACAGAUCUUCAUCAACCAUGUCUACAGACUCAACAGAAAGUUCAAGAACAUCAUCCUCAAGAAGAACAGACACAACACCAAGCACAGCCGUGGAUGUCUCAUCUGGAAGUGUAUCAUACAGAAGAAGAAGGAAUCGAGAUACAGACUCAGAAUCAGUCGCAUCUACAGAUACAACUGAAACCAAGAAAGAUGAACCAACUAUGUCUGCCUAUGUUCCUAGGUCUAGGAGGAGAGCUGAAGUCGUUGAAGAGAAAACCCCAGAAGAGAAACCAGCAGACAAACCAGCAGAAGAUAAUCUAACGAAUGGUAUCGCUGCUCGUAGGAACAGACGAGAGGAAGCAGAUAAGGAUGAGAAGAUGGAGAAGGCAUCAAAGGAGAAAGAAGAGAAGGCAUCGAAGCAAGCAAAGAAAGACGCUGACUCCAGAUCGGCUAAUAUGAUAUUAAAUAAGCUGAGAAGUGGUGAUGUGAAAGCAAAACCAACUGAGAAUGGAGACAUUUCAAGGCCUGAUGAUGAAACAUCUAGUAGACAUAGGUGGAGAAGAGACAGGGGAGAUGCAAAAGAGAAACCAGAUGAGACCAAGGUGGUGAAUGGUGACAUUUCUUUAGUGCAUAAACCAAAAGAAGCAGUAGAAACCAAGGCAAAAAAUGAGAGCAGGGAACCAGUCAAAGACAGCAAGCCAGCAGACACCAAAGAUGAAGAGAAGAAACCGGAAGAACCGAAGAAGAGAACUUUUAUUGUUAAAAAACCGAAAAUCAUAAUAGAUGAAUCAGAGGAGAAGUCAAAAGAGAAGACAUCAAAGGAGAAGGUAAAAGAGGACAUGCCAGAGGGGAAGGAAAAAGGGGAAACGGAGAAGAAGAAGAAAGAGGAGAAGAAGAGAGAGGAACCAAAGGAAGAGGAGAAGGAAGAAGUUGUUGUGCCUUUGACACCAGUUGUAACAGAUACUAAAUCUGCUGUCAGGACUACAGACAAAAAAGAUGAAGCACCAAAAGAGAUUGUUGAGAAUGAGAAGGCCCAAACUGAUCCGUCAGAUCGCGGGAAUUUAUUAACCGUGAAGACUAGCGAUCAGGAUGAGAAUGGUUCAUCGGAUGUGAAGUCACGGAAGAUAUCGACUACCUUGCAGAAUGUGAAAAAAUUGGAAGAGCGCAAGGCAGACCUGCUGGUGGUGAAAGAGAAAGAGGAGGAGGAGGAGGGUAAGAAGGUACAAGAGGACAAGGAAAUAUUGAAUAAUAGUGGUGCUGUGCAGUCCAUGCACAAACAGUUACAAGCGCAACAAGACAAAUCUGAGGAUCAGAAGGAGAAAGAGAAGGUGAAGGCCGGGCCGCGUGGUGAUGUUAGUGGUAAGAUCAGUCAAGCCAUUGAGGGUAUGAAGGUGAGUAAUGUGGCUCCUAAAGCCUCGGAACCGGUAACUCCCAUUGAGGAUGAGGGCAAGCAAGAGGAGGAGGCAUGGGAGGAGGUACUCAAGCUUAACGAUCGGGAGCUAAGGAUUAACAAAUGGGAUUUCACUGAUCUGUGUAGAGAUGACGAUAAGGAUGUCCUCAAGUCGAUCCCUUUGAUGAUGGGUAUGGUACCGUACAUGACCCUUCCUGAUGGUGCUCCACCGCCACCACCACCUCUUCCUGGUCUAGGGAUACCCCCACCACCCCCUAUCCCCGGUGCUCCCCCUCCACCACCACCACCUGCCAUGAAGGGUCCGGGGGCACCUCCACCACCCCCAAUCAUUGACAGUAACACCUUCCCCAAAUCCAAGAAGAAGAAGACUGUACGCCUCUUCUGGAAGGAGACUCAGCCAGAGACGAUGACGCUGGGAAGAAACGGCAUGAAAUCUACCAUCUGGACUCAGCUGGACGACGUUAACAUCGACAGUAAGAAGCUGGAGCAUCUCUUUGAGUACCGAGGAAAGGACCUCAUUACAAAGCCCAAUCAGAAAGCAAUGGAGGCAAACAAGAAGAAUUUCAUCACAGUGCUAGAUCCUAAGAAAUCCAACGCAAUCAACAUCGGACUUACUGUACUGCCCCAACCAAGGUCCAUCAAACAAGCUAUCUUGAACAUGGAUAGUAUGGUCAUGAACAAAGAAGGCGUGGAGAAACUGUUGAGUAUGGUUCCAUCAGAGGAAGAAGUUGCUAGGAUACAAGAAGCCAUGUUAGCUAACCCUGACGUACCUCUUGGCUCAGCAGAGCAGUUCCUUCAUAUGUUAUCCACCAUCAGCGGCCUGGAAGCAAGACUCAAUCUCUGGCUCUUCAAAAUGGACUAUGACAACAUGGAAGAGGAAGUAGCGGAACCAAUGGCUGACCUGAAGAAAGGGAUAGAAGACCUGAGAGCGUCCAAAACUUUCAAGAAGAUCUUAUCAACCUUACUUGCCAUCGGAAACUUCUUGAAUGGUGGAAGAGCUGCUGGUUUCAACCUGGAGUACCUGAGUAAGGUUCCUGAGGUCAAAGACACAGUCCACAAGCAAUCUCUUCUUCAUCAUCUUGCGGCUUCAGUCAUGGAACAGUUCCCGGAGAGCUCAGACUUCUUCUCAGAGGUUGGAACUAUCUCAAGAUGUGCAAAGGUUGACUUUGACCAACUGACCAUCAAUCUUACCAAGUUAGAAGAGCAAUGUAAGACAUCAUGGAACCACCUUCAAGUCAUCACUCAACAUGAAAAAACACCAGGGAAUAAAAACAAACUACAUGACUUUCUGCAAGACUGUGCCAAGAGAAUUAUAGUACUCAAGAUUGUUCAUAGGAGGGUGAGCAAUAGAUUCAACGGGUUCUUGCUGUACUUGGGGAUGAGUACGAGUGCAGCUAGAGAGGUCAAGAUCAGUCACUUCUGUCGUAUCAUCAGCGAGUUUGCCUUGGAGUAUCGGUCCACGAGGGAACGCAUCAUAGAACAAGAGAAGAAGAAAGCAAACCAUCGCAAGAGGAAUAAGACCAGGGGCAAGAUGAUCACAGAGAACUUCUCAAUUAGUAAGGAUAGUGCUGAGGAUGCCAAGUUAAAGGAACUACUCAGCAGCCAACAAGGAACAGCUCCGGGUGACGAGACGUUACAGAGCAGACAAAGAGCAAGGCCCUCCAUGAGCGGCCGUAUGAACAUGAGCAUGACGGCCGACGAGGAGGUGGCCGAUGAACAAACUGAUGAAAUGAUCCAAAUUCUUGUCAACACAGCCAAAAAUACCAGCACACGAUCUGCCCCGCGAGAGCGUAAACGCACUCGCAACACCAACCGUAAAUCUCUCAGGAGAACAUUAAAAAGUGGCCUGACGGACGCUGAGCGACAAGCCCUCGGUCUCUUACACGCCAAGCCCAACGAAGUCCAUGUAUGAUGACCAACUGCCUUUCUUCCUAUGCUAAGGACUGCUAUACCCCUUCUAGCCACUGCCGAUAGAAUGUGAUCGUCGCAUCAACCAUUCUGGGGAACGUCUCCCGAUGGUGAUCUGAGAAUGCUGAUUGGAAGGUUUAGAACAAAAGCUCUUUAAAUAGAGACAGAGUAGCAGGGUUGUGAUGUACAUGUGUGUCAUGAUUCACUUACACAUGAUUCUAACUGAAAUUCUCAUCUCGUCUAUUUGGAGUGAGAAGGGUGUUAACUCCUAUAAUGUAACAUGGCGUUAAUGCCCUUUUAGCUCUAAACAGAUAAUCUGUCUGUCUGUAAAUCUCACAAGCAGGCUGAGAGGACUUGAAAUAAGCAAAAUGAGAUUCUCGGUAGCUCAGCAGAUUCCACUCAAGACUUGCCUGACUGAGCUUUCGGCUGGGGUUUUUGAUACAGUUAUAUCAUGAGAAGCAUAUCAUGUAUCUAAUUUAUUUUACUUCUGAUCUGCCAUUUUACAAACUUGAGUCACACUAUGAAUGUUUAGAUUAUACCAUUUAUUACUGAUCAGUGUCAAGUUUUAACAAGAUCUCCUGCUUCACUGUCCGUUACAGGGCUUUUCCCCUCCCAUGGAUUUUACUCCUUUCAAAAGAAUUCAUGGUGACAAAUUUCAAUUCAUUAAAAAUCAUGUUUUUAUACUGAGUUAUUUUUAUUAUGAAUCUAAUCUUGCUCUGCUUAAAGAACAAAUAAUGUGGCCUUAGAAGAAAUCUCUAUCAGUAUUUUUUUUUCUCCUGAGGAUCAGAUCGUAUGAAUGAUGUAAAGCUAUGCUAUGUGGUAGGAAGGGCGAAAUGAGAUGUAGUGGCAUUAUAGAUACUGAAAUUUUGUUAUGCAAUUAUAUGAUUUGAUGAAAAGAAUGUGGGGUGUAUUGCUUUGUUUGUCAUCACUUUGAUAUAUGCUGAGAAAGCACAAAACAUACUGAACAAUUUGAGAUUUAUGGAAGGAAAAAUGUGAGUCUGGAACUUGAGCUUUCUUCUUGUUUAUGUCUUAAUACUGUGAUGCGUUUCAUUGUUUUUUAUUUCACAAAGAGUUCUAUUUGAAAAUGGGUAAUAGAGGUGGUAAGAUGUGUAGUGUGCAAUUUGAUGUUAACCUUGUUCAAUUUAGUGUGUGUCUAUUUCAUUUGAAAUUACAAAUCAAUAUUUUGUACAUUUUAAAAUAUAUCAGUCAUCUUCUCUUCCAUUUAAUACCUCUGUGCCAUGCUUUUAUGAAGCAAGAAAGUGAUAUUAAGUAACUAGUACCAAUUUGUUCUUGCUCUUAGAUUAAAGGUUUGAAAAUCAUGAUUUAUAUCAUUAAUGAUAUAAUUAUAUUGUUAUCAUAGAUGAGACAUGAUUAAAAGUUUUCUGAAAUUUUAAACAAAAAAUUCUUGAAAUCAUGUAAUAAUCAGCCAGUAGAUGAAAUUGUAUUCACCAGGUUUUGUUUCUUAAAAAGAACAAAAAAGGACAAAAACAGUUUGCAGUUGAUAUCUGCCAUUGAUAAAUACUUUUUAUGAGUCUAAUGAUAAUAUAUAUGAAGACCCACCUAGGGCAUAUAGGAAGUUGUACGCUAGGUAGUUUGAUUAUUAUCUUAUCUGGAUUUCAAUUUCAAAUCUAUCCAUAAUUACAGAAGUACAAACAGUAAAAAUAUAAUGAAUACAAAUUGUGAAAUGUAAGAAACUGAAGAAAAAAAUUGAUAAUAUAAGAAAUGUUUGAUACUAUUGUAAUAAAUAUGUUGAUAAAAUAUACUUAUUUCUAUGCAAGAAAAUGAUUGAAAAUUGUCUGGAGUUUGUUCUGUCGUUAUUCAUUUUCAAAAAUAAAUUCAACAUAUUCAAAAGCAUGGGUUGUACAUUUUCUACAUCGAAAUGAAUUUAUGAUGUGAUUGUAAAGAAAUUUCUUUUGUAAUGUAAAUUAUUGUACUUACGAUAUUUUAUCCCAUCUUUGGAUUGGUAAGAUGGGUUUUACAUAGCAUCUGCUGAAAGCCAGAACGGCCUUCUGGGUCUCAUCAAACCAUAUAUCUAUGUCUUCUGUGAAUGUUGAAAGGUUGUAGAGUUUAUUGGGAGUUCACAGUUUGUAUCAGAGUGUUGUUGAUACCAUGACAUUUGUUUCUAAAAAAUCAGGAUAUUUUAUACAUUUGUGGUAUAUAUUUUGUUUACAUGUAUGGAGCUUGCCCCCGUACAUAUAUUACAGGUGAUAAUUAGUUUCAUUUUGUCCAUGCAUGGCACAUAGAUUUUUUGUUUUACGUAGUCUAUAUCAGAUGAUAUUUUUUGUUUUGCAUUCCAUUUCAUUGUUCUGUGCAUCUGAAACAAGUAGUUUGAUUUAAAGUCACCCAUUAGAAAGUUGUUACUGGAGAGCAUACCAAUUUCACCCCAUGAAAAAAAUUAAAAUUCACAUACAAUUGGAUACUUUUAUUGUGAUAGUAUUCAAAUGACCUGUCUACUUUUGAGCAUCUUUUAUUACAAGCACUGUACGUGAUUAAUUCUGCUAAGUUUAAUUAUCUGCAAACCCCAGCAAUUUAGUGAACACUUUCAAAGUCAUUGCAUGGCUGUGACUUUUUUAAUGGAUAGUUUAUGUGUAAUGUCGCUUCCUUUCGUUGUGAUGCUCAAUAGACUUGCCCUACUAAAAAAAAAGCUAUGUACCAUCUCCAGUAUGUUAAGCUGUUUUUAGAUAGUAGCUAGAAAUAUUCUAUUUAUUUAUUCUUCAUGUGCAUGUACAAUUUCUUUCUUAGAGUACCAUUAUGUGUAGAUUGUGUGCAAUUUUGAUGUGCAAAACCAUGUGCCUGCAUAAUUUGAGUCCAUAUUUCAUAUGAAACUUUAUAUAGGGUUUAAAUGAUCUUCUGCUAGUCCCUGGGGGGGGGGGGUUGAAUCUGAGAUUUCUUUCUCUCGAAGGUUGUUAUCUCAUAGAUGAUCAUACAUGUCAUAUUCACAAUCAUUUUGCAAACAUGUAGAAGAAGAUGUCACAUUUUAGAGAAAAAAUGAAUAAAAAAAACAUGUGCUUCCAUGAUUUUUUUCUUUGAAA